AUGGAGACAAUACACCAGCCCCAAUUCCCAUCCGACCUCACAGCCGUACACGUUGCCCUCUUCAUUGACGUGUUCAACGCCGCCGCACUCAAAGCACGCAUCGUACGUGCCGCCACCCUCACCGGCCCCGAGGGCGACGCAGAGCGCGAGGCCCUCAACUUUGCGUUCGUCGAUGCCAGCCUCAUAACAAGCGCGCUCCACCUCCAGACUGCAAUCAGCCAAGCCUCACUAGCAGCAGCACAGAACACACUACGGACAAAGACCGUCCACUCCGAGAUCCUGUGGGCUCUUUGUCCGACAAAUAAUAUCAGCGAGGCAAUCCGCAGAUACGGCAUCUCUGACACCUCCAAGGCCCUCUUUGUCGUGCGCGUGGACUCCGCUAGCGUCGGAGACGUCGAAGAGAGGAUGAGAGGCGUCGUUGAAGGUAGGGUGGUCCCGCUGAGCACCCUCGCGGAGCUUGUGGAUUGGCAAGCCGUCAAGAAGUAUAACAAAUUGAAUACGGAACCAGCUGUCAAGAAAGCAGCUAACGUGGACGCAGAACAUGCGAUCAUCGACAACAUUGUCAUCAGCUCGGUCGCGUCCAAAGGCGUCAUGGCAUAAAUGUUCUAGUACAGCCGAUCCGGAAAAGCUUGUCCGGGAGUAAAGUAGGCCAAAUAAUGCAAAUUAAUCCCGAAAAAUUGCGGGAAUG